AAGUAACAAUAGCUAUACAUUUGUAGCCUUAUGGACAGGGUCGGAUUGGUGGGGGGUCAGGGCCCACUGGGACUGACACAUCAGGACCCUGCCACCACUACCCCCCACACACCAGUUGAAGGGCCCCUGCUACCCCAGUCGCCGGGCUGCCUCUCCACCCCAACCCCACGGCUUUUGGCAUAUCUUGCUUUCCUCACACAAUUGGGCGGGGGGAGGGGAGGACAGUAGCGCAGCCUAUGUCUACCAGGUCAGGCCCAGUCUGACGCUGCUUAUGGAACAUCUGUUCUUAGACCCCCCACUUAGAAAAUUGCUCCAACUGCGCAUGUGCUGACAUGCCGGUCUCAUUCUGAUGGCUACCGGAGUGGCUUAAGAUGGCGCCAGUGAACUCCAAUGCCUGCAUCUGCACCGAGGGAGGCAUGGGUUUAUUAUCGAUGGAGACGUAGAACGACAAUUUUUCCGGGGAAGCUGGCAAAUAGUGAGGUUGAAUAUGGAGACACUACAGGAAAGGGAAAAGAGCAGGACCAGUCCAGGCUCAUCUCCGCGAAGGUCGGUCCGACGUGCUGCCACAUGGGAAAUAUCAGACUCGGACAAUGAAGAAGAGACAAAUGAACCCAAAAUAGAGUCACAGAAAGGACCCAUAGUAAAUAUAGAAGCAGCAGAUCAUUUAUUAGGUGUCCGGGAAGACCCAGCGCAAGAGCCCAAUGUUGAAGAAAAAGCUUCAAAUCUUGUCCUUCCUCCUCCCGCUGCAACCACCCCAAGUCCGACUAAAAGGACACGAAAGAAGAAGAGCCCAGAACAAGUGGAGGCUGAACUGGCUCAGGCUGAAGAAAAGAAACGGCAGCGGGAGUUAAAGAGGCAGGAGAAAGCUGAAAAGAAGGAACUGGAAAAGGUAGAAAGAGAGAAACGAAAGGAAACCAAUUUGGCUUUGAAGCCCCUCAGACCAGACCAGUGUGGGAAGUACAUGGUGGUCAAGCUGGAUGCAGGUCUCCUUGAAGAUGGAGGGUCAGAAGAUGUACUCGAAGCCCUGAGAUUGGCUGAGUAUAAUUAUUCUAUUGAGCCCCACUCUGUGCCACGGAGCAUCACCUGGAAAAGAGAAAUGCCUGUGAACUGGACUUGUAUAGAGGGGGUGGACUUGAAAGAAGAAGAAGAGGAUCAGAUGUUGGUUCUGGUGGAGCCAAAGAGUUUUUUAAGUAGCGUAUAUGCUUAUGCACAGGCUUCAGAUUAUUACUGCGCCGGCAAUGAGAUGGAGGAAAUACCUGGAUCUUUGUUUUCAAUUCCUGCCAAUAGCCAAGAUAAGAAAGUGACCCUGGUAGUUAUGGGACUACAUGAAUAUCGAUGGUGUGAGAAGCUCUCCCGCCAGAUACAGAGACAGUCAUUGGAUCCCGUGGAGGGCCACCACUCUAAUAGGGACCAGUCAGCUACUCGUGCAACACAGCGGCAAAUACAGGAGGCCCUUGUCUUCCUACAGCUCUAUUGCAAUACAGAAGUGUUAUGCCUGGACACGUGGAAAGAGUUGGGCCAGCAUGUAUGUGCAGUGACAAAGAGUAUAGCUCAGCGGCCUUUCAGGAAACACUGGGAAGCUCAGACCUUCUCAUUCUGUACCUCAGCUGGGAGCUGGAGAGGGUGGGGACCCCGUGGGGAGCUCACAGGUUUGCCUCUGACAUGGAGGAGACAAAUCCAGCAGCUAAACAGAGUUAGCCCAGCAAUGGCUGCAGCGGUGACCACAGCCUACCCUUCUCCACAGCUUCUCAUGCAGGCUUAUUCUGCCUGUGGUUCAGACCGUGAGAGAACAUCCCUUCUCUCUGACUUACGGAUCCCACAUGACAGUAAGACUGGUGUCACACAGAAGGCAGAAGACCCCAGAGAGGGAACAGAUAUCGGCCAAGAAGGGCCUGGUAGAGAGCGACGCGUUGGCCCUGAUUUAUCUCGAAGGAUCUGGCUUUUAAUGACAACCGAAAAUCCAGAACUGGUACUGGAUUUAAACUCUUAAGUCCAGUGGGAGAUUCAAAUAUGAUGGUCAGUCCAUAGGUCAAUUCAUAAAUUCAUAUUGGGGCCGUAGUUUGGGAACAGCUGGUAUUUGGCAGGGCCUUGUAGCUUUCUGCAACCUGUAUGACACUAAAAUGAUUAUUGUAUAGUCCACCACUUUCAUAAUAUGUAGAUGGCAGCGUAUGUUAUAGGUGAUUUAUAUGCCUGUGGUAAGAAUAAGGAAAGGCAUUUCAUAUUGAACCAGGGGGAAUCCUGUAUUGGUGCACAUUUACUAGAUCUCUCUUUCCUGUGUUAAAAGCCAAUACAAAAAAAGAGGCAGUAAUGUGGUUUUUGGGAUAUAUUUAUAUCUGUACACACACACAGAACACUUUUGUCUAUUUAUUUUCUGCUAUGAGACAGACUGCGGUUUUCUUUAAUAAUAGAGAAAAGGUGAGCCUUGAAUAACAUUAUAUAUUGCAAAUAAAAUAUAAAAGC